UUGAAGUCAGCUCUGCACAUGUUGGACAUUUGCUGGGUGUGCAGCAGGAAGCCUCUUUGCAUGAUCACAUGCAUCUCAUAUAAAGUGGGAAUUUAUUUUGAAAUGUAAAUUUUUUGUUUGUUUGUUUGUUUUUUAAAAAAAAAAAGAUGUUUGUACCUUUCAUUACACUUGAAGUCACUUAACUGUGAAAAUUACUUACAUUAACAGGCUCCGAGUGUGCCGUUUGAAACAAAAUGAAACGAAAUAAAGAAGUUGUUUCAAGCUGUAUGAAAACUGUAUCAAAGCUGGGAACGCACAGCCCUGGAUCUGAUUUGAGCUCCUGUGAAGGACACUCCUGCCAGAUCAUUACUAUGAUUCCCCAUAUCCUCUGCUCUGCAUCUGUUCGCGUGGAUUUGACUGGGCUUAACAUGGCUGUCAAGCGAGGCCCCAACCGCUUCACUAGAUGAACAGCCAGUUCCUGUCACAGAUAAGUCAGUGAGAGCGCUGGAGACACAAAGGCACCCUACAGCGCUUGGUAAAUUAUUAAUGCUUAUGUGGCAAGCUGACAGUGAACAGAGGUGACACUGGGUGGUGGUGGUUGUGGUGGUGGUGAAGAUUUUUAGAAGCCCCAUUUCUCUGCUGUUUCACUCCUUUUCUGCUGAUCUGAUAGCGCUGAGUUUAUUUUAACUACGAGGCAGCUGAACAUCCAGAAGUGUUGGAGAUCGGUGUUGGCUUAUUUGUAAAGGCCCCUGGGAGGGAAAUAGGUCAUGGGCUGUGACCCCAGGUAUGUGUGUCUCUGCAGGGGGCUUGCAGCUAAGGAGGAUUAGUGGCCGAGUGCUCAGGUAGCACAAAGAGUUUUUCUGCUUCAGCAAGGAUGCCCUUAAUCUGCUUUGCUUCCAACAGAGUACAUUAAUCAGAAUAGCUCCAGGUUAAACAAAAAGUUUUAUCAGUUUGGAGGUUGACAGGGUUUCAUGCAGAAUUUAUAACUACUGAUGCAAGAGAAAUGUCAUGUUUUUAUAUAAAUAUAGAAUAAAUAAUAUAUAAAUAUGACAGUGAAAUAGGUGGUAAUUACACUCCAGGAAUAAUAAACCCCCAUAAAUAUUAGACAAUAUUUCCAAACAAACAAACACACAGACAAAGGUAAUACAAAGAGGAGGUACACUGUUUUCGGGGAAGGGGUGGAGUUAGCAGGUGUCAGGGGGAGGUGAGUGAUGCUGCAUGCUCCAUUCAGGCAGGCUGAUCUGGAUGUAAGCCGUGGAAAAGUAAGUAAGGCAGUCAGUGAAGAUGGUUCCCCAACUAUACAUCACAGUGUACAAUGAACAGUUCAGAUCUCCAGGCACAGUGAAAAGAGCUCAACUUCGACCGACCUCUGCCCACCGUAGGAACAACCCUCAGCCCCGGGCGGUAAGACACACAGCUUUCAAUACUGCCUACGUGAUCUGUGUGAAUGAAAGGCCGGAGUGACUGUUGGAAAUUUUGGAAUUUCUUUAUUCUUUUUUUCAAAUUUGUCUCCAAAAUUAGAAGUUAUACUAUAUCACCCUGGGUGAUUCAGAAAAUAUGAAAAAUAUAGCUCAUUUCAGGAAGACAGGAUUAUCUGAGGCAAUUAUACCUACUGCUCUAUGCAUUGUAUUUUGUUUGGCUAUAUUAAAAAAAGUGUCCUACUAAUUGACUGGUUGGGCACAUUUUUCUGUGAAUCAUAACAGCUGUAUCCUACUAUUAUGCAGGAAUUUCUCCGUGCUUAUUUAUUCAUGCAAGGAUGAAUAGAGUUAAGAAAAUUUACAUGUAUGUGUCCCAUUUGUUCUUUGCCUCCCAAGGACUUUCUGUUUCCCAGGAGCCUUCAGUCAAACAAUAGGUCAACCCAUGCACUUCUUCAUCCCUUGCCCCCUGUGGACUUCAGCCGCCCUCUUUUCCCCCCUGUCAGACAUUUUUCAUUUCACGGUCCUGUUGCAACUUGUUCUGACAGCUAUCUAAAUACAACCGACAAAACACAACACAUGCCCCCUGUCAACCCAUCAACAGUACAAGCCAUGCCCUCUGCUGAUAAACUGCAGAAACUACAACUGACCGAGCCUUCCCCGGGCACUGACAUCCACCUCAGCACUGCUUUGAAGAGCCCACAAAGCAGACUUGGUUAUCAAAAGCAUGUCCAUCCACAUUCAACACAGCAGCUCAGGCAAAAUACAGCUGCUCCGCUUCAAACAAGAGCCCAAACUCCUGCAGCUCCUUGCAGCUUUGUACAGACAAAAUACCAGAGGUGCUGUUCUAACAGCAGCCGGGAUAACAGCAGUGGUUGCUACAGCUGUUUCCAUGUGGUGAAGCCCUACCAAGCUGGACACUACAUCAUACACCCAGAGUUUGUGUCUGAAAGCCUUUAUUAGGAUUAUUAGAGCUCUGGUUUCCAAGAUGGUGACCCGAAGAGGUCCACGGAGAGCCUGAGGCUACUCUCCAGCAAUUGUUAACUUUUCCUUAAUUCUCUGUUAAUUAACCCAGUGAGACAGGUGUAAGAGUGAAUCAUGUAGAGUGUACAAGCACAGCUGUUAUCUCAUUGUGUAAUGCAAGGAAACUUUUGCAGUUAAGUGCUCAAUCGGUACCAAAGAUCUUCUCAUGGGAUGAUUUUGAAGAUCAAAUGAGGCUCUGAGGCCCUAAGGUGCUGUACGUGAGUUUUUGUAAUUUUAAUCUUCUGAGGAAAACGUGUGUCAAUUAAAAGGGAAUCAGUACAAUGAUACAGUAUGAUGCCGUCUUCAACUACCAGAGCAAAUGCAGUGAAAGAGUGUCACUAUCGAUGCAAAUAAAGGAAGCAUUACCCUCACUUUGCUAAAGAUCAACUCCUCACUUCUGUAUACACUGCACUUUUUUGGUGACUUUUAGGUUCAUCGGGUUCUUUGUGAAGUAUUGCGUAAUUUGCAUGCAACACUGUCACAUGCGCAGCAGAAUGAGAAAACACAGAGCGCUGCUUUUCUGCUGAACUACAUUUCCCAGGCGUUUAUGGACGUAUGCAGGGCGGAGACCCAGCAGCACGCUUUGAUUCCUUUCACGGGCUGUUUGUGUGAACAGAAGCAAACAGUUGUACUUUGAGUCGACGGGGGGACUGCUGCUGAUCGACUGGUAUAUCGUUGUCAUGGCAGGAAGAAAAACAGAUGUGACAAGCUUCCAAGUGUCAAACAGAAGAGGUUUCCUGUAAAACAUAUUGAUGAUCUGUGGAAAAGCUACUUUGGGAUUUGCACAUUGAACAGCACAAACAUGUACCAAGUGGUGCCAGGUGGAGCGGGGGGCACAAUUACAGAUGUUAUCCCCAAGCAGAAACUCAGCAAGGACACUCGACCCUUAGUUGGAGCUGGAGUAAUCGGGCUAGUGCUGGUGAUUGCAGCUGUGACUGCGUGGUGUUACUACAUAGCCUCUUUACGCAAAGCGGAACUGCUUAAGACUGAGCUGCUGGAUCUGAAUAAAGAUGGCUACAUCAUCCGAAACCAGGGAGGGUCUAUCGUUUUCAGAAUGGAUUUCAGGUCAGGAACCCUUGAUUUAGACUCCUGCUCUAAAGAAGGUGAGAUUCUGAGCUGCGUCCGCACCACAGACAGAAAACUGAUUUUUUUCAUUGAGACAGUACGGCCCAAGGAUACUGUCCAAUGCUACCGUGUGCGCUGGGAGGAAGUGGUUCCUGAUAUUCCCGUAGAGCAUGCAAUGACAUACAAGUUUGCACACUGGUAUGGAGGCGCAGUGUCAGCAGUUCAACACUGGCCUAUUUCUAUUUCUGGCCAACAGGCUCCAAAACCAUUUGUUACUAGUGACAUCUACUCGAAUCGUGAUGAGUUUGGUGGAAUUUUAGAGAGUUACUGGAUUUCAUCUAAUGCCACUGCCAUCAAGAUCAAUAACUCUGUGCCCUUCCAUUUGGGUUGGAAUGACACAGAGAAGACCAUGUACUUCCAAGCACGGUAUAAUGAUAGUUCCUUUAAGCCAAACCCAGGGGAGAUGCCAUGUGCGGAACUUAGCUACAGAGUUUGUGUGGGAUCGGAUGUAACAUCCAUACACAAGUACAUGGUCCGCAGAUACUUCAACAAGCCAAACAAAGUGCCUGCCGAAGUUAUGUUUCGCCAUCCCAGUUGGUCAACAUGGGCAUUACAUAAAACUGACAUUGACCAAGAAAAGCUUUUGACAUAUGCUGCGAACAUUCGCAAGUAUAACUUCAAUUGUAGCCAAAUGGAACUAGAUGAUGGCUAUUCCCGCCACUAUGGGGACUUUGAGUUUGACCCAGUUAAGUUCCCCAAUGCCUCUGCUAUGUUUCAUAAGCUGAAGUCAGAUGAUUUUAUGGUGUCUCUCUGGAUUCACCCUUUUGUUAAUCAUGAUUCAGAAAACUUCCAUACCUGUGUGGAGAGGGGAUUGUUUGUCCGAGAACCUACAGGCCAACUGUCAGCCUUAGUGCGUUGGUGGAAUGGCAUUGGUGGCAUCUUGGAUUUCACAAACCCUGAAACCCGUGAUUGGUUUGCCUCCCAGUUACGUUCACUGCGAUCCAGGUAUGGGGUGUCCUCUUUUAAAUUUGAGGCAGGAGAGGCUAACUACUUACCAUGGAAAUUUAAGACUUUGGAAUCCAUUCGGGACCCGAGUAUUUUCACAAGACGUUACACAGAAAUGGCAAGCCUGUACAAUGACAGAGCUGAGGCGCGCAGUGGUUACCAGUCCCAGAACAUAUCCUGCUUUUUCAGACCAAUUGACAGAGACUCAGUUUGGGGGUAUGAGUUGGGUCUCAAAUCUGUUAUUCCUGCAGUCCUCACCAUCAGCAUUCUGGGCUACCAGUUCAUUUUACCAGAUAUGAUUGGAGGGAAUGCGCAUGUGAACCGCACAUAUGGAAAUCGUGGAUUACCUGACCGAGAACUUUAUAUCCGCUGGUUGGAGCUAUCAGCCUUCAUGCCCUCUAUGCAGUUUUCUAUUCCACCGUGGGAGUACGGUGAUGAUGUAGUUGAAAUUGCUCGGAAAUACACCGCCCUCCAUGAAAGUCUUGUGGCACCAAGGGUCCUGGAGCUGGCCAGCGAGGUGCUGAGCACUGGGGACCCAAUCAUACGACCAGUGUGGUGGAUUGCCACAGGUGAUGAGACAGCCUAUAAAAUUGACUCCCAGUUCCUGAUUGGGGAUGACCUCAUGGUAGCCCCAGUUUUAGAGCCUGGAAAGCAAGAGAGAGACAUCUACCUCCCAGCUGGCCAUUGGAGAAGCUACAAGGGGGAGAGAUUUGAUAUCAAGGAACCAUUGCACCUCACAGACUAUCCUGUAGACCUGGAUGAAAUUGCCUAUUUUCUUUGGGUGUAGCAGGAGGUAAAUAACAGUCUUGAUUAUUUUACGCUCCGAUUUGCUUGUGGGACAAGCUUCACAAGUCCUUUUAUUGAUGGAUGGGUGGAUGGAUGUUAUAUGGACAGAUUUGUGGGGGAAAAAUGUUUUUUUUUUUUUUUUUUAUAGAAAUUAAAAUUUUUAACAGCACAUUACUUUACAAAUGUGAACAUUGUCACUCAAAAACAUUUAAAAUCUCAUCAUCGCUGAUUUUUUUUUUCUCCCCAAUUUGAUUUAAACUAAUAAUUACAACAUUGUCUUUAGUAUUUUAUGGUAUAAUGAAUCAUAGCUUAGUGUCAUUUAAACUGAAAUCGUAUAACUUCUGGUGUCUGGCAGAAUUAAUCUUGUAAAUGGUAAAAUGUGAUAGACACCGAUCUUUUAUGUUUGUAUGCUUGCAAUAUUAGCCAACAGUGGCCACCAUAAGCUACUUGUCUUACCAGAUCUAGCAAGACUAAUGUGUCAAACCACUUAUUAUUUUACAGUAACGAAGGUAUGUUUUAAAACGCAUUAGUUAAGCAUAUUUUUGUGUGUCUGUAAGAUUUUUAAAACUAUCUGUGCUGCUUUAAGCCACAUACUUGAGACAUUUGUUAAAAAGGGGAUUUACUAACUGUGAAAGAAGUUAAGCUUAAUUGCCAGUGAAUGCUAUAAAGUUGUUAUUUGAGCCUCGCAGCACUUUGAAUUUCAGCUUAAGCCAAACAGACUGUGGUGGGAGGACGACUGAAGGGGUGUCGUUAUUGGAUACUUCUCAGGAAGUUAUCUUUAAUGCUUCAUUCGUUAGAAUCAGUGCUUGAGGUUUAAUCAUUACAAAGUGCACAGCUCUCACUAAUGCAACAGCGAGUCAUGUAAGCACUCUUAGACAAGAACGAGACUCCUUUUUAUUAAGCUUUGAAUGUUGUCCUUUCUGACUCAGGUAAUGGUUUUCUCAGGCCGUCUGAAGUAUCUCGCAGUUCUUUUAAUGAUCUUGGCUAAGCUUGUAUGCAGCUAAAAAGGCAGUAAUACUUUCAUGUCUUAUGCAGUGUUUGCCACGUCCAAAAUAAUAAGCAGUUCUGUAGCAUUUUUUUGGUAUAAUUUAAAAAAAUUAAAAUGAUAGGUGUUGUAAAUUUAGUGUAAUUUAAUAAUCACUUGUAAUGCUACAAUGAUUUUAUUUUUAAUCUUGGUUUGUUUGAUUAAUUAAACGGCAGUGAUGUGCCUGUUAUUAAUAACUAUUUGCAAAGUGAUUAUUAGAUUUUUUUUAAAAUGCAUUUAUCACAGCCCUAUUUUAAAAGAAAUGUCAAUACAGAGUAAAGAGAAUAAAAGAAGAGAAUAUUACUAUUUGCUAAUUACUUCAGGCCCAUAUUUAAUUGGAGGUGGUAGAAUGACACUUCUUUAAACUAACUGGACCAAAAACAUUGUUAUUGUAUCAGUUAAUGCACAUUAUCUCUGCUAUUCAAGGAAGAAAAAAAAUAUUAAGCAAGAUCCACACACAUCACUACUUUUUUUUUUUCAUUUAAAAUGAAUGAAGACAAGUGAAACCUGUCCUGUGUUCUUGCCAGUCAAAAUUGUACUCAUUUGCCUAUUAGCAGGGCACAGUUUAAAUGACAUUUUACUCAAUGCUGAACACUGCAUACAGUUUUCUGGGCAAUGUAUGGCUUUUAUUUUUAUUUUAUUAAUAUUAUUUUAAGGGAAGGCCUUGGCUAUUUCAGUAAGAUCAUGGAGAGUCCUGGUGCUAAACUGGCCUGCCUAUACUGGAGACCAAGGUUUUGAGCAGCUGAAAUUAUGUGUCAGGGGAAAACAAAGACAAAACAUUUUGCUUUUAAUUUGCAUCAUCAUUUGGUCUUCUGAGUUCAAGAAACGGGGUUGAUAAAAGAAGUUGCUUAAAACUAUUGCUCAACUGUUAAUUAAAAAAAAAGAUGUAUACAACUCACAAGGCGCAAUUUUAUAUAAAUGUAUCUUGCAGUUAUAUAAAUAUUACACAACAUCUGAACUUUUCUGGAAAUGGGAAUGUAUUGAUUGUGAGGUAAUAUUUGUGAUGUGUAAAUGGGUUGAAGUGUAACGUUAAUGUUGCAGAACACGGUGUCUUUGCUCCUCAGGCUUUUCUAUCAUUUUUUUCACUAUGUAGCUACAAAUGUCCAUUUAUUUAUUUUUCCCCCCAACACCGUUAUAGAUCAAAGUACAGUAUGUAAUAUCAUGUAUGCUAUUAUCAAGAGGUGCAACAGAUAUUGAUCUUCUCGUCAAACUAGAAUACGUUAAGUAACAUAUUCCUCUGACUGGCAUAUCAAAGGCUAUCCAAGAACCCAACCGUGUUAUUGGUUUUGUCUGUUUCAUUGUCAUUUGUUUUAAAUUUUGACAUAAAUUCAAAAUCCUUUUAAAAUUGAAUAAAUGGAUAAAUCAACUUUAA